CUUCUAGUCUUUGUUUAUGCCUUUUUUUAUUUUCAAGACGAAACUUAGCAAAGGUUACUUAAAUUGUUCAGCACAUUUGAAACAUUUUGUUAAGUUAUAACUGCCCCUUUUAUGCUAAUGUUAGAUUUUCCCAGGAUUUUGUUGCAACAUUUAAUGUUGAACAAAAUCCUUGUAGGCAAAAUUUUACAGUUGGGAUCUGCAAAGCUGUCACCUGCCUUCAGUUGUUUACGUUCAAUAUCCAAACUUUUACAGCAGUUGAUGAAAAGAUCACUUAUUAAACCUUCCUUUACUCUCCCAACCUGUAGGUCCACUGGCUUUAAUGCCAAAGAGUCAAAGUUUUGAGCAUAGUCAGCACAAUAGCAGACCAACAUGAUGAAUUAAAUCGAAUAAUUACAACAGGUUCACUUUAAUUGUAACAUGUGACUUUUAUACAUAUAUCAGCUUAGAAAUAUAUAGUGUUAACUGUAGUGGAUUAAUUAGUUUAUGUUUUCAUUCACUCUUUAGUGAGAUCAGCUGUCAACUGCACCAUUCUUAACUCUGUUAUAAAAGCACAGGUUUGCAGCAUAUGGGUGAAAAGCAAGUUUAGUUUUACUGAGUUGACACAGGCACAUCUUUUCAAAGAAAGUGUGAUUAAUGACGCUGACCUUAUGGAACAAGGACUGCUCUGAUUAGCUUGACUUUCUGGUGAGAUUUGGUUUCUUUGAUAUUUCCAAUCUGAUCAAGAAUUUCCUCCACAGCAACCCAAUAAGUAAAAAAUGCUAUCUACCAAAAAUGGGUCUGAAUCAUGAAUGUUGCUCUACCCCAUUUCUCUGUCCCCAGUCAACCCUUCAUCCUGUCAAGUUACCGGAGGUUUCAGCUGAUGAGAUUUGCAAUAGAGGAGAUCAACAACUCUACCAAGCUGCUGCCAAACGUGCCGCUCGGCUAUAAAAUAUUAGACCUCUGCUCAGACACACAGAACUUCCCCGGAGUUUUCAACCUCAUCUCUGACGAGAGUCUCAUCCAGCCUUGGAAUGACUCACAGAGGCUCACGUCCAAAAUGGUCACAGUGGUCGGCUCUUACACAAGCACAGGGACGCUGAGUGUUGCCCCGCUCUUCAUGAUGGAUUUCUUUCCGAUGGUCAGUUAUGGAGCUGCCAGUUCCGUCUUUUCAAGGAAAAAUAAUUUCCCGUCUUUCCUACGAACGGUCCAUCCUAAUAAAGAUGUGAUAGAGGUGGUUCUAAGGAUAUUGCGAGAAUUCAACUGGCGCUGGGUUUCAUUUCUUCACAUUGACGACGACUACGGCAGAGACGGCCGGGAUUUGUUCAUUCGGACACUUGAGCACACAGAGUUCUGUCUGGCCUACACAAAAGCCCUUGAUCAUGACACAGACUACUAUGAGGUUUUCCAACAAAUUACGUUACUAGAGGUAAAUGUCUUGAUUGUUUUUGCACCAGAAUGGACGGCUGAAGAUCUCGUUGAGGCUGCCAUAAAAUAUGACGUCACCAACAAGGUGUGGAUAGCGGGAGAUGCUUGGUCCUUACACAAGGAGCUUCCCAAAAGAAAUGGAAUCAGGAAAAUUGGGACUGUUGUUGGGAUAGCUGAGCCAAAAAUGGCAAUUCCAGGUUUCAAUGCUUUCAUCAAUGCAUUCAGAGCCCAGACUCAGGAAGAAGAUGGUACGGAAGAAAAGUUUUGCAGUCAGGCUUGUAACUGCAGUAUUCACACUGUCGCAGAUAUCAUUGAUGCAGAUCCGUCCUUCAAUUUCCCUGUUUACUCUGCUGUGUAUUCUGUUGCCCACGCCUUGCACACUGUGCUGCAAUGUGAAACUGGCAGGUGCAACAGGAGAAUUACAGGAAUUCCCCAUAUGAUAUUACAAGAGCUGUGGAAGACCAACUUUACUCUUCUAAACCAGAGUGUUCAGUUUGAUGAGAAUGGUGACCCCUCCUUUGGAUCAUAUGCAAUAGUUUUCUGGAACAAAAGUGGAGAACCAGAGGAGGUUGGCCUUUACAGUUAUCACUCGUCUUUACCGUUCAUCAUCAACAGGACCAAAAUUCAGUGGCAUGGAAAUGGUUCUGUGCCGCAGUCGAUUUGCUCCGAAGAAUGUGAUGCUGGAUUUGCAAAAAAACAAGAAGGACUCUACAAAUGUUGCUUCAGCUGUACAAAAUGCGAAAGUGGAACUUAUAUCAACAGCACAGCAGAUCCUUACACCUGCCACAAAUGUGACAACACAGAAUGGUCUGAAGCAGGAAGUACUUCAUGCUAUCGGCGGCAGGAGGACUACAUGCCUCUCUCGCAUGAUGGCGCUGUGGUCGUCAUGCUUGGAGCUUUGAUCUUCAUGGGCCUCUGCGCAGCCGUAUCUGUCCUCUUCUUUAUUAAUUACAAGACUCCCGUUGUCAAGUUUGCCGGAGGACCGAUGUGCUUCUUGAUUUUAGGCUGUCUUGCUCUGUCCAGUCUUAGUGUGUUCUUUGCCUUUGGUGAACCAACAACAGCUUCUUGUGUCUUGAGGGUUUUACCAGUAAUAUUUUUCUCCACCGUUUGUUUGGCUUGUUUUGCUGUGCGCUCUUUCCAGAUCGUUUGCAUUUUCAAAAUAGCUGCCAGGUUCCCUAACAUCCCCAGUUGGUGGAUGAAAUACAAAGGACAGUGGUUGGUCAUCUGUGUGGCCUGUAUCUCUCAGGCAGUCUUACUUAUCAUUGGCUUGACUGUUUUCACCCCACAUCCUCAAAUUGACACAGAGCGACAUUCAGACAUAAUCAUCCAACGCUGUGGCAGGAAUUUCAAUGAGGUAUUUGGUUCUCUGAUUUUAAUUUUAUUAUUGAUUAUUCUUUCUUUUUGUUUCUCCUACUGUGGAAAAGACUUGCCAAAAAAUUACAAUGAGGCUAAAUCCAUAACUUUCUGUCUCCUGCUGCUGAUAAUCAUCUGGAUCAUAUAUGCCACUGUCUAUACGUUGUACCGCGGAAAGUACAUCCACUUUAUUUAUGGAAUGGCAGUCCUUUCUAGUCUCUACUCUUUUCUGUCCUGGUAUUUCCUGCCAAAAUGUUGCAUCAUCAUUUUUCAACCUCAAAAAAACACCCAGCAGUACUUCCAAUGUCUCAUUCAGAGUUACACAAAGAUAGUUAACCAAUAGUCCCUUGAUCAUCUCCGAGACUUCU